AUGGGGGCUGCCACCCCCACCACCGCCUCCGCCGCCCCCGCAGUGGACGUCCGAGAGCGGCGGCGGUCGGUCGGGACAUUCCGCAAGCAGACGCGGAGCACGACUGGUGACCCGCCGCUGCCGGCGACGCUGGUGUGGGGCCUGGUGCCGGAAGCGGUUCAUGCCAAGGCCGGCUGGCAGCCGCCCCCGCUAGCGGACUCCGCCCCCACCUCCGCCCCCGGCCUCACCGUGGAGUUCAAGGCGGGCUCCCCCGAGGGGGCCGACCAGCCCCCGCACCCCCAGCACCAGCAGCAGCACCAGCAGCACCAGUUCAACAUCUUCCCCGCCAUCUUCUCGCGCCAGCUCAACUUCGCCGCGGCUACGGCGGCGGGCGGUAGCCCCUGCGGCGGCGUCGGCGUCGUCGGGGGCGGAAUGCAGUCACCCGGCGGCGGCGGCGGGGGCGGCGGAGGAGGCGGAGGCGGAGGCGCCGGCGCCGGCAACGGAGGCGGCAAGCUGAUGGAGGAGCUGCGCGUCGGAGGCCUGCUGGGCCUCGUGGACGACCACCACCACCAUCACCACCACCACCACCACCACCUGGCGGCGGCUGCCGCGGCGCACCACUCGGCUGCCGCCGCGCACCACGCCGCCGCCUCCGCCGGGGGCGGCAACGCCUCCGGCGGCGGGGGCGGAGGCGGCUCGGCGUCGUCGCACCACCACGACAGCAAGCGCGGCAUCAAGUCCGGGGCGGCGGGCGGCGCCUCCGGGGGCGGAGCGGGCUCCGGCGGCGGCGGAGCGGGCUCGGCGGCGGCCGCGGCGGCGGCGGCGGCCGCGGCGGAAGACUUCUCGGCGCUGUACGCGCUGCCGCCCCCGCACGCGGCGGCGGCGGCGGCUGCCGCGGCGGCGGCUGCGGCAGCCGCUGCCGCCUCCGCGGGAGCGGACCAGACGCCGCCUCCGGCGCAGCAGCCUCCCCCACAGAGCGCAGCCGGGGGCGGUCAGCACACGCCCCCGACGCCGCUCGGCCGCAACCUGGCGGACCACGCCGGCGCGGACGUGGCUAGUCCGGGCUGCUGCUGUAGCCGCUGCGCGGACGCCGAGCCUGCGGCGUGGGCCCGCAUGGACGCCUUCGUGCGCGCCGCCGCCGUCGCCGCCAGCUUCCGGUCGCAGCCUGAUUGUUCGGAGGUGCUGAUUAAGUCUUUACCCCUCGUUCUGCCUGGUCACUGUCGGAGCAGCGCCCCUGAGCGCGACAGGACGCGACCCCGCCGGCGCGGGCACCUGCGGCCGACCGGCUCGCCAAAUGUUCCGCAGGCGGACUUGGCAGCCUCCCCCGGCCCUGGACCCCCAACAUCCUGUUUGGCAGCAGAGCUCAGCCAGAGCCUCGACGCCCCAGGCCUCGCUCGCGCCCCUCCACCAUUGAGAGAUCCGUUGGCGGUGAGCGCUGAGCGCCCGCCCUCUGCAGACGGCCGGUGGCCACUGUGUGCUGCAGGAGCCGAGGGCGCCUUCAAGAAGCUCAAGCCGGAGCCGGCGACCGCGGCGCUGCUGGGGGGCGGCUCUGGGGGCGGACCGUCGCCCGCGCCGCCCCCGCACGCCGGCCACACGCCUACCACUGCCUCCUGCCCCACGCCCGCGCGACGUCGCCACAGGACCACCUUCACCCAGGAGCAGCUGGCUGAGCUUGAGGCGGCCUUCUCCAAGUCGCACUACCCGGACAUCUACUGCCGCGAGGAGCUGGCUCGGACCACCAAGCUCAACGAGGCCCGCAUACAGCCUGAUGUGAUCCACGGGACAACAGCAUGUACACAGAAGGGAGAAUUUGUUCUUGUUGGAUUACACUGA